UGAAUUCCAAUUUUGUGUCUAUAUAAAAGUUUUUCAGUCGUUCUGUAACAUAAUUGCUACUGGAAACUUUCAAAAUGGACGCUAACCAGAGCAAUAAGGCCCAUCGUGGUGGUGGAUCUAAGAAAACCACGGCUAAAAAGAAGCUUCACCAGAAUGGCCAGAAUAAGAAGGCUUUUGCCGUGAAUGCCCCUAGAAAAUUGGAGCGUAUGGCCAGAAGAUCGCAUGACGUCAACGAAAGAAAGCUACAUGUUCCUAUGGUGGACAGAACACCUGAAGACGAUCCACCUCCAGUGAUAGUAGCUGUAGUAGGGCCACCUGGCACUGGAAAAACGACAUUGAUCAAGUCUUUAAUUAGAAGAUUGACAAAGACUACACUUACAGAAAUUAAGGGACCAAUCACUGUAGUUAGUGGAAAGAGAAGAAGAUUGACCUUCAUUGAAGUUUCCAACGAUUUAAACCUGAUGAUCGAUGCAGCUAAGAUCGCCGACUUGGUGUUGCUCUUGAUUGAUGGGAACUAUGGGUUGGAAAUGGAGACUAUGGAAUUCUUAAACAUUGCUCAGCACCAUGGUAUGCCUCGUGUACUUGGUGUAUCAACGCAUUUGGACUUGUUCAAAUCACAGCUGACAUUGAGAACUUCUAAAAAGAGGUUGAAACACAGAUUCUGGACAGAAGUCUACCAGGGAGCCAAGCUCUUCUAUCUUUCUGGGGUGAUUAACGGCCGGUAUCCUGACCGUGAGAUCUUGAAUUUGAGCAGAUUCAUCUCGGUGAUGAAGUUCCGUCCUUUGAAGUGGAGAAAUGAGCAUCCAUAUUUGCUUGCUGAUAGAAUCACCGACUUGACCCAUCCUCAAGAUAUAGUGGACAAUCCGAAAUGCGACAGAAAAGUCGCCAUCUACGGAUAUUUGCAUGGUACUCCGCUUGCAGCCGAAGGAGCCCAAGUUCACAUUGCUGGUGUAGGAGAUCAAGUUGUUCAUUCUGUAGAAAAGCUUCCAGAUCCUUGUCCCACUCCAUACUACGAGCAGAAGCUUGAGGAAAUUGAAAGAGAAAGAGCCAAAGCAGCUGCGGAAUCAGGAGAGCCUUUGGCCAAAACAACAAGAAGACGUAAGAGAUUGGAAGACAAACAAAAAAUCAUAUAUGCACCUAUGUCUGACGUGGGUGGUGUGCUUGUAGACAAGGAUGCAGUGUAUAUCGAUAUGGGCAACAGACAAGCUUUUGUCAAGGGCGAGGAAGGUGAAGAAAUGGGAGAAGGAGAAAAGUUGGUCACAGAUUUACAAGAGGUCCAGAAGACCAUGGCCGAACGUUUGGAGGAAGGUCCCGGUUUGCAAUUGUUUUCCAGUUCAGAUGCAUUGAAGAAAGUUAACGAAGAAGAAGAUAGCGAAACAGAAGGAGGCUUGUUAUCAGACCUUGACUCUGAUGAUGAUGAAGAAGAGACUGAACAUAUAAACACAGGAAGAAAGUCGAUGAGAAAAGCUCGUGUGUACGGGAAGUCGUUAAAGGAAGACACUGAAUUUGAUGACGAGUUGUCUGAAGUUGACGAAGAAGAUUUCGACGACGAGUCUGAGCCAAAGAUGAUAGAAGUUGAUUUUCACAAGAACGGGAACAAGUACAGAGAGGAUGAGCUCGAGUUCGUCGAAGAUUCGUCCUUGUCUUCAGAUGAAGAAGAGGACUACAUAGCUACUGCUGCAAGAUUGAAGGGUUCGGCAAAGAGAAACUGGGAUAUCAACAAGCUUCUAUACUUGACCAACAUUGAGCCAGCCGAUAUUCUCAGGAGAUGGAGAGGUGAAGGCGACGAAGAAGAAGAAAGUAUCGAAGAUGAAGAGGAGAACUUCUUUUCUAAGAAAGACACCAAGGAGUCGUCAGAAGAUUUGGACAGUUUCCAACCGAAGUACCCUUCAGUAGAAGAGCUCAAGUUGAAAUUCAAUCCUGAAACUGUAGAUGAAGGUAAUAGUGACGAAGAAUACGAAAAUGGGUACAAGUUCUUGAAGUCCAGAUUCUUAGUUGCUCCUAAAUUGAACGACGAUAAUACAGAAAAAGAAGGAGGUGAAAACGAUGAUGAAGAAGUGUACGGCGAUUUUGAGGAUCUUGAAGCAGAAGACAACGACAAUAACAGCAAAGAUAAUAACGAUACAGACGACGAAGAAGCAGGUGACGACUUUGUUGACUUUGAUGAAGAGGAAGAAAAGGGAGAUGAAGGUAGCGAAGAGGAAGAAGAAGAAGAUGAAAACCUUACUGUGGAACAAAAGAGAGAACUUAACGCUGCAAAGAAAGCUAAAUUGAAAAUGCAAUUCGAGGAAGAGGAAGAUCGUGAAUUCGGAUCCAAUGAUCCAGAAGCCGAUGCCGAAGCCGAGACAUGGUACGAGUUCCAGAAAAACAAAAUUGCCAAACAGCUUGAAAUAAACAAGGCAGAAUACGAAAACAUGGAUGCAUCUACCAGAAUUAAGAUUGAAGGUUACAAGGCUGGUUCGUAUGUGAAGAUUGUCUUCAGCAAUCUUCCAUGUGAGUUCGUAGAAAAUUUACAACCAGAGUAUCCUAUAGUAUUGGGUGGAUUGCUCGCUACCGAGUCUAGAUUCGGCAUAAUGAAUGUUAGAAUCAGAAGACAUCGUUGGCACAAGAAGAUCUUGAAGUCUCAGGAUCCGUUGAUUUUGUCCUUGGGUUGGAGACGUUUCCAGACCUUACCCAUAUACACCACUUCAGAUUCCAGAACCAGAAACAGAAUGCUAAAGUAUACGCCUGAGCAUGCCUACUGUUUUGCUUCAUUCUACGGUCCUUUGGUGGCUCCUAACACGACAUUUGUUGGUUUCAACUUGGUGGAUGACCAUUCUACUACGGGAGCUUUUCGUGUCGCAGCCACUGGUAUUGUUGAAGAUUUGAACUCAUCUGUAGAAAUCGUCAAGAAACUAAAAUUGGUCGGCCACCCUUACAAGAUUUUCCGUAAUACUGCUUUCAUCAAGGACAUGUUCUCCAACUCUUUGGAGGUGGCCAAGUUUGAAGGUGCUUCCAUCAGAACUGUUUCUGGUAUUCGUGGUGAAAUUAAGAGAGCUUUGUCCAAACCAGAAGGCCACUUCAGAGCUACGUUUGAAGACAAAGUCUUGAUGUCAGACAAGAUUUUCUUAAAGACUUGGUACCCUGUUAAGGUCAAGAAAUUCUAUAACCCUGUGACCUCGUUGUUGCUUGGAAAGCACAACGAAUGGAAGGGUAUGAGAUUGACUGGAGCAGUAAGAGCUGAACAGAACAUUGCUACACCUCUAUUGUCUGAUAGUGCCUACACGAAAAUCGAGAGAACUGAAAGGAGAUUCAACCCAUUGAAGGUUCCAAAGAGUAUCAAGGCUAGCUUGCCUUUCAAAUCUCAAAUCGCUGAGAUGAAGCCUCAAAAGAAGAAGACGUACAUGGCCAAGAGAGCUGUUGUUCUUGGAGGAGACGAGAAGAAGGCAAGAGACUUGAUGCAGAAGAUUGCUACCGUCAAGAAUGAGAAAGAGAGCAAGAGAAAGACAAAGAAGGAUGAAAAGUUCAAGGAUAAGUUGAAGAAGAUAGCUAAACAACAAGAGUUGAGAAAGGAAAAAGAAAAAGAAAGAAAGAAGGACUUCUUUUCACGUGAGGGUAAGAAGAGGUCAUUGCAAUCUAGUGAAGGUAAUAGUCAAGCCUUUGGAAAGAAGAGACGUGUAUAA